AUGUCGAACGGCGACAACGGUUCCAAAGAGGCCAAAGCGCUGGAAAAGGAGCGCAAGGCCAUCGAAAAGAUCAUGAACGAGUCCGACGACAUGUUUUGCGGGUUUGUGAAGCUGCAAAUCCUGGACCAAGACGCCUACCCUCGGCAGAUCAAGGGUGCAGACAUCGGUGGGGUUGUGCAUGUCGAGAAGAAGGUAUGAGAGUGCGUAAGCAGUCCCGCUCCACCCAAUCUUCUGAGGGGUAAAGAUGCUGUUCAGCAACACAACCAACAGCAGAAAUGACACUUUUGCAUGACAAAUCCUAAUCCACGCAUGUGCCGUAGUGUGGAGUUUCGAAUGUAGUUCUUGGAGCUUGUCAUGCAAGGUAGUGCUCCGAGGCAGUAUUUUGAGGUUCACGUUGUGUUUUUGCAUCAUUACAAACGAAGGUAAGAGGGAGUUCUUGCGCCCUCUCAUAGAAGGAAGGCGGCAAAGUCUUCCUGAAGGCAACCUUUUCGGCGAAUCCGCUGUUUUACCUGGAGUUGCAACGUGACAACAACAUGUUUCUGGCUGGCGAAAUGUGGUACGGAGACGCGAUAUUGAGAGGAAAAAUUCCCCCUCACCAUAUUGAAAAGGUAUGUUUCCGAAAAUUUGCGUUGCUGAUUUGUGGCCACAAAUCAGGUUUGUCUUGCAAGAAGACAAGUGCAGAGGCAUCCGCCCAAUUGUGAAGCGAUUUGGCAUUCUCUUGGUCCUAGAGGGUAGCCGUUUGCAAUGCUGAACAACUAGACCUGAGUGCUCCCACCCAGGCUGCGGAUCUGGCAGGGGUGCCGUACUGCAAGACAAGUCGGAGUUGUGUACAGAAAUCUGCAUCAGAAAUUUUCAUUUUGAUAUGGGGAGGGGGGAUUUUUCAUUUCGAUACGCGAAGCGCGGGCCCACGAACCUGAUUGGCAAGCUGAUUCCGAAAUCCUGUAUGGAAAGAAAAAAACACGCAUCACAAGCUACCACAUCCGCACUUUUUGAUUUUUAUUGGUGCUUUUGCAAUGCAAGAAGAUCUUCUCUCACACACUUAACAAAAUGUGACUCUUCAGAGUGAAGCCCUGUACUGAAUUCCUUGAUCAUAAUUCUGCAAUACAAGAAAAAAAAAAAAUGAAUUUGUAAAUGCGACUGAGAGCUGUGUUAGCGUUUCUCAUGCAAAACUAUCAUGCAAAAGACCCGUGUAGAACUCGAGAAUUGAAAUUCUUGUGGCGAUGGUGUUUUUGUUUUCCCUUCCAUACCCUGCGAGCAGAUCGUGAACCUGAUGGACAAGAUAUCACAGGAGAAAGUGUUAACGUUAACGGAAUCUGUGAUGCAGUAAUGCAUCAAAAAACGUGCCCAAAUUUGUCAUGCAUAGCGUGCGCGCUAGGAAACAUUUGUCAUGCAUACUCGCAAUCUAUGAAAACCGUUAAGGUUAGCGCUUUUUUGUUUGAUACAAGACCAAGGAACAGGAAUUCACGAUGAAGAUGUAUCGCAAGAAAAAACUGUUUCACUGUGAACUUGUGAUGCAGAGAAUGGAGCACAGAACGAUUUGUCUUGCUACACCUGCAAGACAUUGGAUUUUUCAGCGUGUUUUCCCUUGGGAAGCCCGCAUGGCAAAUUUUCUGUGUCAUGUGUAACAAACUUGUGAUGCAGAUCUUGCAAGAUCAUCACAGUGAAACAGUUUUUUCGUGGGAUAAGAUGGUAUGAAAGUGCCCAACGAACUCGCUUUAUUCCCCUCCAGUUUGUCAUGCAAAGAAACAAAUCCAACCUUUCCCUCGUAGUGCUGUUUGCAUGACAGAUUCUGGCAGACUAACUACAAUGCCGACGUGCUGUGAAUUAUCAUGCAAAACCUGCACGCUUCCCAACGUUUCUAUUGCUGUUCAUGCAAAUUUACAAUCGACUUCGAGGGGGAGUUCUUCGCUGCGCUCUUUUAUAGAUGGAGAUGCCCUAUGAACUGCAAAAGUAUCGUACUCGUAUAAAUGCAUUACAAAUUUUCCCAGCAUGAGAAAGAUAAUUUGUAAUGCUGAUUUGCCUUGACAAAGAAAUUACUAUCUAAACUGCAACAUCUGGUCAAAAAUGCAUGCGAGGGGUAUGUUCGGGGGUAUGUUCGGGGGUGUGUCAGGGGUAUGCAAAUGGAAGUCAAUCACGACCUGAAUACAAAUUUUUGGCGAAAAAGCAGAAGGUGGGGUAUAAACAUACCCCAGACACACCCCAGACACACCCCAGACAUACCCCAGACAGACCCCCGAACACACCCCAGGCAAAAAGUCCGAACAUACCCCAGACACACCCCAGACACACCCCGGGCAGACUUUCGAACACACCCCGGGCAGACUUUCGGACACACCCCGGGCAGACUUUCGGACACACCCCGGCCAAGCUUUCGGACUUUGUCAUGUGGGGUCUGGACCCGAAGCCCAGUCUGUCACGCGAGACCGCGCGGCCAAGGGGCGAUCGAAAGCCCUAGGUCAGCGCGGGGACUAUGUCCCCGCGCCAUGACCUAGGGGCCAGCUGCGGGCGCUUCGCCCCCGGACACCGUGCGGCCGAGGCCAAGGGGCGAAAGCCCUAGGCCAGCGCGGGGACUCGGUCCCCGCGUCAUGGCCUAGGGGCCAGCUGUGAGCGCUUCCAUCGAUCCCGGGGGGGCACCGUGCGGCCAAGGGGCGAAAGCCCUAGGCCAGCGCGGGGACUCGGUCCCCGCGUCAUGGCCAAGGGGCCAGCUUUGAGCGCUCCCUCCCCGGACACCGCGCGGCCAAGGAAGGGGCGAAAGCCCUAGGCCAGCGCGGGGACUCGGUCCCCGCGUCAUGGCCUAGGGGCCAGCUGCACGCCCUUCCCGGACACAGUGCGGCCAACGCACGGGCGAAGGCCCUACCUAGGCCAGCGCGGGGACUCGGUCCCCGCGCGCCAUGGCCUAGGGGCCUGCUGUAAGCGCUCCCCGGACACCGUGCGGCCAAGGGGCGAAAGCCCUAGGCCAGCGCGGGGACUCGGUCCCCGCGUCAUGGCCUAGGGGCCAGCUUUGAGCGCUCCCUCCCCGGACACCGCGCGGCCAAGGAAGGGGCGUGCGAAAGCCCUAGGCCAGCGCGGGGACUCGGUCCCCGCGUCAUGGUCUAGGGGCCAGCUGCAAGCGCUUCCCGGACACCGUGCGGCCAAGGGGCGAUCGAAAGCCCUAGGCCAGCGCGGGGACUCGGACCCCGCGUCAUGGCCUAGGGGCCAGCUGUAUGCGCUCCCCGGGGGCCGUGCGGCCAAGGGGUGAAAGCCCUAGGCCAGCGCGGGGACUCGGUCCCCGCGCCAUGGCCUAGGGGCCAGCUGCAAGCGCUUUCGUUCCGGACACCGUGCGGCCAAGGGGCGAAAGCCCUAGGCCAGCGCGGGGACUCGGUCGGCCCCCGCGCCAUGGCCUAGGGGCCAGCUCUGGGCGGGCGUCCCCCGGACACCGUGCGGCCAAGGGGCGAAAGCCCUAGGCCAGCGCGGGGACUCGGUCCCCGCGUCAUGGCCUAGGGGCAAGCUGCGAGCGCUUCCCGGACACCGUGUGGCCAAGGGGCGAAAACCCUAGGCCAACGCGGGGACUCGGUGGGCCCCCGCGUCAUGGCCUAGGGGCCAGCUGCAGCCAAGCGCUUCCCGGACACCGUGCGGCCAAGGGGCGAAAGCCCUAGGCCAGCGCGGGGAUUGGUCCCCGCGUCAUGGCCUAGGUGCCAGCUGUGAGCGCCCCCCGGACACCGUGCGGCCAAGGGGCGGAAACCCUAGGCCAACGCGGGGACUCGGUCCCCGCGUCAUGGCCUCUCGGACGCGGUGCAGCCAAGCAAGGGGCGAAAGCCCUAGGCCAGCGCGGGGACUCGGUCCCCGCGUCAUGGCCUAGGUGCCAGCUGUGAGCGCCCCCCGGACACCGUGUGGCCAAGGGGCGGAAACCCUAGGCCAACGCGGGGACUCGGUCCCCGCGUCAUGGCCUAGGGGCCAGCUGGGACGGAGCGCUCCCCGGACACCGUGCGGCCAAGGGGCGGAAACCCUAGGCCAGCGCGGGGACUCGGUGGGUGGGUCGGUCCCCGCGGCAUGGCCUAGGGGCUAGCUACGAACACGGCCCGGGGGGGAACCACACCGCGCGGCCAAGGAAGGGGCAAAGAAAAAUCCUAGGGCAAUGUGGGGACUCUGUCCCCGCGCCAUGACCUGGGGGCCGGCUCCAGACCCGGCGCCCGUUUCUUCUUUUCUUUUUAUCUUUGCGCGCGGCAGGUUAAUGAAUCUAGUGCGCGCAAGCAAGGGAGCCGCGUCCGCAGGCCCGUCGCGGGUCAUUGAAUGCAAGGCGCACCGAGAUAACUAGCUGCGAGCGACCUUUCUGCCCCGUGCCACCGCACAGACAAAUGCCGGAAGGUCGCUGCACGGGGACUCUGUCCCCGUGCUCGGGCCUUGUUUGUAAUGCAAGACCUGCAUUUAUACGAGUGCGAUACUUUUGCACAGCAUAUGCCCUUCCUGAAGGACGCUCCGAACCGCCUGGCUCCGCUUAUGGCGUUCUCAACUGUUACAUUCUCAGCUGUUUCAUGGUUUGUCAUGCAAAUUCACAAGCAGAAAGCUCGAUGCGAUCAAGCUGCUUCGCAUGACAAAUUCUCAGAGGCCUCAGCAGGCUGAUACUCUGCACCAAAUCUGUCAUGCAAGACGCGCAAGGUCCCCCGUUUCACUUUUGCCAUUCUUGCAUUACAGAUUCAUGUAACAGUUGAGAAUGUAACGAUUGAGAACCCCAUACCGCUGCACGUGGUCACGAGAGAAGAAAAGUUCGUCACCAAAGUGGCUUCGAUAUGGCGGAAGAAAAGUUUGGGGUGUUAGGUCACAGCGAGUUUUUCGAGGAAAAUUGAUUCCUGAGCAGUGGGCUUGCAGAUCAUCUACAUGUUCUGAUUCAGAUUUUUUUGCAGAGGAACGAACAAAUUCGAAUUUGAUAUAAAGCAAAAAAAUGGAGAUUUUGACAGCAAUUUGAUUACCAAUUUGUUUCGUGUACCUCUACCACGCGCUAAUACCCCGUGUUUUCACUCCUUUCGAUACUCCGUCUGCUUGGAACUCGGCGAAAACGAAUGGAAGGAGUGGAAAGAGUACAGUUUUUGUUCCGGGAGACCAAAAUUUUUACUUUUCAUUUUUCGUAAUCAAAAUUUAUAUUACUUGACUUUGUAAUGCGUGGGAAAAGCAACCUUUCGUGUCGUAGAUGUAGUGGCGCAGACGCAUCCAUUUUGAUUUUGAGGCUAGGGCUACUUGUUUGCGCCAGACAAACCCAAAUUUGAAAAAGAAAAAUAACCAACAAGGUACCGUGUGCGAUUCUGGAAGCAGACCAAGGCCUGGGGUGCUUCUCCCGGAGAUAUCCAGGAAAAAACACCCAUCCCCAUCCAUUUUCUGCAUGACACAUAGUGGAUCUUAUGCAUGUUUUGCAUGACAAAUUGGAUGGGGAUGGGUGUUUUUUCCUGGAUAGGAGACGGCGGAGACGAAGACGACAAGAAGAAGGAUGAAGGCGCAGACAAGAAAGAGUAGGCGUGUAUGUGGAGCAAGGUUUUCUAGAUUAGUACUAACUUCUCUGAAACAUCACAUGCAUCAUAACCCACAAAACGGUUUCUGCACCCAGGAUUUAUGUCGUAUAUACUUUUUGAACGCAAGAACAGGAAAAACUUUUUCAAGACGGCCUAAGUUACAUCAGCAAAGACAAAAUGAAUUAUGAGAAUUACGCCCACAAAAACGACAAUGCUCCACAAGUACCAGUAGUUGACUGUUGACGGGAGGUCUGUCGCCGCGAGAUUUGCAUGAUGGAAUGCGACCACAGCUACUAUUUACUGAAUUAGCUCGGCACGUCGAGUCAGCAUUAGAUGAGUGGUUUGAUUUUGAUGAACGUCAACUACACCGCCGGUUUGAAUCUGUCAUGUGGACAAGAAGAUUUUGCUGAUGUUUCACUUUGUGACCCAGCAGCAGCCUGGACAACAGAAAUCAGAUUGUCGAAGUCAUCGUACUAGCAUCGCUGUUUUUACAACAUUAAGAGGAACAUCUUUCUUGAGUUUGAACACAAAAGCUAAUGACCACUUUUUCGAAUUUCUUCCCUUCUAGCGCAACCCGGGUAGUGGACGACGAGCAGGUGCGCCUGCGCUUGCAUCCAAUCCGAGAUAUAGUUUGCUUAACCUCGCCGCGCUGACCGGCGGCCUGGCCUCAACAACGCACUUAGGUCGACCCGCUAUCAUGUAGAAAUGAAAAAAAAAAGAUGAAAAAACCGUCUACAGAAACCGAAACGUCGCAG